AUAUAGACACAUACAAAUUUCUUGUUCACAACUGGGAUUUUAGUGUAAUACAACAUCAAACAUUAUAUAAUAUAUUUAUUUAUAGUAAUUGAGUUUCCACGAAAAUGACACAUAUAUGUUACUAGAACAAACGCUCUUAGACCAAGUUUAUUUAUUUAUUUGUAUAAAAGGGUUCUCAUCACCAUUCUCUUAUUCCAUAUAUUAUUAUUCUCUACUGGAAUUUUCUCAUAGAGAAGAAAAUGGAGAUGAGAAAUAUGAGAGGAUUGUUGAUAUUAAUGGUUUUGAUUGGUAUGAACAUGGGAAGAGGAGAAGCUCAGUUGGUUGAAAACUUCUAUAGUGGGACAUGUCCUAAUGUUGAAUUCAUAGUUCGACAGGUUGUGUCUACUAAGUUUGCUCAGACUUUUGUCACUGUUCCGGCUACUCUUCGUUUGUUUUUCCAUGAUUGUUUCGUUGAGGGUUGUGAUGCAUCUGUAAUGAUUGCAUCGCCAAAUGGCGAUGCAGAGAAAGACUCAGACGACAACAUCUCCUUAGCAGGAGACGGUUUUGACACAGUCAUCAAAGCCAAACAAGCCGUUGAAGCUCAAUGCCCCGGCAUUGUCUCCUGUGCUGAUAUUUUAGCUCUUGCAGCUAGAGACGUCGUUGUUUUGGCAGGAGGCUCAACAUUCAAUGUGGAGAUGGGACGCCGUGAUGGACUAAUAUCAAAAGCGUCACGAGUUAAAGGAAACUUGCCAGAACCAACAGCUCAUUUAGAUGAACUCAAUGCCAUGUUUAGCAAAAACAAUCUUAGCCAACUUGACAUGAUAGCACUCUCUGGUGCUCACACUGUUGGGUUCUCACACUGCAACCGUGUGGCCAAUCGCAUCUACUCAUUCACACCUUCUAACCCAAUUGACCCUUCUUUGGACUCUGCAUAUGCUCAGCAGUUAAUGGCUUCUUGUCCUAGAGAUGUUGACCCAACUAUAGCCAUUGACAUGGACCCUACAACUCCCCGAGCUUUCGAUAAUGUGUACUACCAGAACUUAGUUGCCAACAAGGGACUUUUUACUUCUGAUCAGGUUCUUUUCACUGAUGCUCAAUCAAAACAAACAGUUCUUGAUUUUGCCAACAAUGCUGGUGUGUUUAAUGCGGCCUUUGGCUCGGCCAUGAGAAAACUCGGCCGAGUUGGUGUCAAGACUGGUGGUGUUGGUGAGAUCAGGAGAGACUGUACUGCCUUCAAUUCAUAAAUAUUAAGUUAUUUUUAACAAAUCAUUUUUAAAAAAGAAAAUAAAAAAUAAGAACACCUGCAAAUAUGAUUGUUUUUUCCUUUGCCUAAUUCAAUGUAAAUGUAUACAUAACAUGUGAGAAUAAUUUACAAAAUACAGGUGUAAGAUUCUAUUUACCUUAAACUAUGAAUAAUAUUGCAAACACUGUUUUUGGUUGUC